AUGAAGCUCUUCCUGCCGCUGCUCGCGGCGUCCUCGGCGGCCUGCGCGUGGCUCUACCGCGCUCGCCAGCAGCGUCUGCAGUACGAGGCGUUCGUGCGCGGCCUGGCGCAGCCGCAGCAGUACCGAGGGCUGCCCGUGGUCGUCGUCGUGGACGUCGGGAGCUCCUCGAUCCGCGCCAGCUGCUUCGCGCUCGUGGCCGAGGCCCAGUGGACGCUCAUCCAGGGCUCGCUGCAGCAGCAGCACGUGAGCUCCAUCUACGCCCACGGGGAGGCCGACGCGGCCGUGAUCGCCGCCACGGUGGAGCAGAUUCUGGACCGCACGAUGCGCUUCCUGCGCGCCACGGACCUCGCGCAGAAGCUCGUGGGCGUGGGCUUCAGCACCUUCGCCAUGAACGUGCUGGGCGUCGACGCUAAGGGGAAUAUUGCCACGCCAGUGUACACGUACGCUGGCCGGAGGAAGGCGACGGCGCUGUGGGCGAAGGAGCUGCAGGAGAGGCUGGCGGCCCGUGGAGAGCUGGAGGAGGCCCACAACCGCACAGGAACGGUCAUCCACCCGGCGUACGCGCCCGCCACGUUCCUGCGACUUCACGAAGAAGAAUCCGCCGUGGUCGAGCGUGUCGCCAAGUGGCAGAGCAUCUCGGGCUAUUUGAUUGGCAAGUGGACGACUGCAGCGCAGGAUGGCUGCGUGCCCGUCAGCUUCUCCGAGGCGUCGUGGAUGGGGCUGCUCGACUUCCGACGCAGUCAGUGGGAUGCGAGGCUGCUUGAGCUCGUUGGUAUGGACAGCAGCAAGAUGCCGCCGGUGGUGGACUCCUCCGUCCCGUUCUCGGGACUCAAUUCGACGUAUGCCAAGCGGUGGCCGGAGCUGACGAACGUGCCAUUCUUCCUCGGUGUCUCGGACGGCGCCGCCGCGAACAUUGGAUCCAAGUGCAUCGAUGCAUCGCGAAUCGCGGUGACUAUCGGCACCAGUGCUGCACUUCGCGUGGUGCUGAGCGCAGACGCCAUGAAGAACGCGAAGGUUCCGAAGGGUCUGUGGUGCUACCGUAUUGGAAAAGACCAGGUUCUUCUUGGUGGCGCACUGAGCGACGGUGGCUCGGUGUACAAGUUCUUCCGCGAGUCUCUUCGUCUGAGCGACGAGGGUAUUCCUGUGCUCCGACUCGUUAGUCUCACUCUGUUUGUUCUGUGGCCAGACCUGACUACUCAGCUGGAGAAACUCGCCCCGACGAAGCAUGGUCUUUCCGUUCUACCGUUUUUGAGCGGUGAGCGCUCCCCGGGCUGGCUGGAAAAUGCGACCUGCACUAUCAGUGGCAUCAACAAGUGGACGACUCCCGUCGAGUUCCUGCGUGCUGGCAUGGAGUCGAUUGCGCUGCGUAUCGGCGUGCUCUUUUCUCUUCUUGCAUUCUCUGCCGACCUGGACGCGACGGUUGUCGUAAGCGGGACUGCGCUCACAUCGUCUCGAGUUUGGCGUCAGAUGAUCGCCGACUGUUUGGGAAAGAAGCUCAUUCUCGAGGCUAGCGCUACCGAAACCACCUCGCGAGGUCUCGCGGUGCUCAUCGGAACGUACUUGGGUCUUCACACGCUCAAGGAGUCUGGGUCUUUCCCGGCGGAGACCACGCAGCUGGAAUACUCGCACCCCGAUGCGUCAGCGCACGCGGCCUACCUCGAGGCGCGCCAUGAGCAGGAGUCGCUUUACCGGAAGUUGUACUCGGACAUGUAA